UGCAUGUGUGCACCAUUCUCUCUCUAUGGCCUCACCCCUCCCCCUUGUACACACACACACAGAAACUGAUGUAAGUUCCCCUAUCUGCCAGAGCCAGUUCCUCCAUUUAAGAUGCUGACUUGUUUAUGUAGACGCAACAAGUUUAAUUUUUGUAUUUUUUGUGUGCUACGUUUGCCCACACUGGUGUAGGGCCUUCUCUUGCUAUAUGCCUCCUUGGUGGCAGGUGCAUGAAAUCCGGCUCUGCUGAUUCGUGAUCAUCGUACAGCUCGGAGAGGGGCUUGACUGAGUUGAACUUCCUGGGUGGGGGGGUUAGUUCUGUGGAUGGCUGGUAGGUGAACACUUCAUAUAGGACAGAGAGGAGGAAGAAGAAGAGGAAGAGGAGGAUCAGGAGUCAAGCAUGGGACUAUAGGGACGCCGUGCUCAGAUGCCCGGCAGGAGGAGGAGGAGGAGGCCGCUGAGAGGUAGCACCCGCAAUGAACAAGACCAAGAGGAAGCCCAACUGUGAGAGUCCUGGCGUGCUGAAGAACAGGAAGUUGGUGCCACGCAGACGGAACACAUGUCCCAGUCCCCAGGACAUCAGCCGGGCUCUGCAGGCCCCCUCGUCAGCCCCCAGUGCCAGCGCGGCCAGCCUGGAUGAGCUCAUACUACGCUGCCUUGGCUACUUCGAUUUGGAGGGGAAGCUGUGUAGCGCCCGAGGGUCCCAGAUGGUCCACAUGGCGCUGAUGAUGCACAGUUGGGUGGUCCCGUCACAGACCUUCGCCAAGAAGCUCCUCACCUUGUACAAGGACUGCCCUGCCGACAAAAGAGGUCUGAGGCGGGGUCAAGUGUGCCACCUGGUCAGGACCUGGAUCAGCCAGUUCCCCGCUGUGUUUGAGGCCGACCCCCUUCUGGAGCAGACCAUGGGGGACCUGUGGGCGUUGGUACGCUCGGACGGGGAGGAGGCGCAGAUCAUCGACACUUCCUGCCUAAGCCCUCACGUGAACGUGUCACAGGCCCCCUCGCCUUCUGUGAAGAAGAGAAAGGUGUCGCUCAUCUUCGACCACAUGGAGGCUGAUGAGAUGGCCGAGCACCUCAGCUACUUGGAGUUCAAGAACUUCUGCAGCGUUUCGUUUCUGGACUACCGCAGCUACGUGGUGCGAGGCUCGGUGCGGGACAACCCAGCGCUGGAGCGCUCUGUCAUGAUGUGCAACGGGGUGUCCCAAUGGGUCCAGCUCAUGAUCCUCAGCAGGCACACGGCCCAGCAGAGGGCACAGGUCUUCACCAAGUUCAUCCACGUGGCUCAGAGACUCCGAGCUCUGCAGAACUUCAACACGUUGAUGGCCAUCACUGGAGGCCUCUGCCAUAGCGCCAUCUCCCGUCUCAAAGACACGUACACCCUCCUGCCUCCUGACGUCACCAAGGCGCUGAGUGAGAUGACGGAACUGCUGUCGUCGCGCAGCAACUAUAGCAACUACCGCCGUCUCUACAGCGAGUGCUCUGGGUUCAAGGUUCCGAUUCUGGGCGUGCACCUCAAAGAUUUGAUCUCCCUCAAUGAGGCUCUACCCGACUACGUGGAUGGGGACAAGAUCAACCUUGGCAAGCUGCAGCAUCUUCACAGCAACGUCAACGAGCUUCUGGAGCUGCACAGACUCACGCCACCAUUUGAGGCCAACAAAGACCUCCUGCACCUGUUGACGCUCUCUCUAGAUCUCUACUACACUGAGGACCAGAUCUAUGAACUCUCCUACACCAAGGAACCCAAGAACCCCAAGAUCCAGCCCGUCACUCCAGUUAAACCACCGGUGGUGGCAGAAUGGGGGUCCGGGGUCGCCCCCCGCCUUGACCCCGACACCAUAUCUAAACACGUCAAACAGAUGGUGGACUCCAUCAUGAAGAAUUACGACUACAAGCAGGAUGGUUACAUCCCUCUGGAAGACUUUGAGAAUAUUUCCGCCAACUUCCCCUUCUCCUUCUGCACGCAGCAAACUGAAAGGCAAGGUCAAAUCAGCCGCGAGGAGAUGACAUCAUACUUCAUGCGCGGAUUGUCGGUGUGCGCCAAGCUGGGCUACAACUUCAAUGACGCACACAACUUCCACGAGACCACGUACAAGAGGCCCACUUUCUGUGACACCUGCAACGGCUUUCUGUGGGGGGUCAUUAAACAGGGCUACCACUGCAAAGGCUGCGGGAUGAACUGCCACCGACACUGCCGGGAUCUGGUGGGAAUAGAGUGUUUGAAGAAACACAAAAACACCAGCGGUUCCUGCCCGUGCACCUCCGCCCUUGACUCCCGAGCCAAGGGGAGCAUUUGGAGUUCCGAGGAGGACACCUUUGUCUUCCCCCAUGGCAACGACUCUGACCACCACAAGGGUUGCGCCCCCUUCAGGAAGAGUGGAGACUCUACGGGUUUGUGGGACCGCUCCACUCAGACGGACCCCGGAGUGUGGACCCCACAGGAGAAGAGGGAGCGCAGGAUGUACAACCACAGCGCUCCUGGCCAGGCCAACACGCUGCCUACUCCAAGGAGUCGUGGGUGCUCCAUGCCCGUCUCCUUCCUGCAGGAGAAGCUGGAGGAGCUGCACCUUUGCAAGGAGAAGUACCGGGAGCCCGAUUGACCCCCGCCACCUUUGCCUCACCAUCCAGAAAACAUGAACUUUUCACACAGCAGACAGACUCCUUCGUUGUGUUUUAGUCAGGAUUCUGGUUUAAAUUAAGGACACUGUCAUCA